AUGAUUGCCAUGAUCACCGGCAUCUUCCGCUCAGAAAUUCCGGUUCCUGGCGUUGUGCCGCGCUCCUGGGAAGUUUCCGAAGUAAAGUUCAGUGUUGUGAGUGCCGGAGCCCGGGUGGCAAGAGGCCCCGCCGUGCCUGGCGAACCUGGGGACCUGAAAUCUAUACUCUCAAAAUCUUCUCUACAUUGUCAACAGCAACAGAAAAAUGAAUGGAUCUCUGCUUUGCUUUCACAAUCAUCUCUGCAUUGCCAACAGCAACAAAAAAUGAGUGGAUCCCUGGGGUUGGUAUCAUUUGAGGAUGUGUCUGUGGACUUCAGCUGGGAGGAGUGGAAGGACCUGGAUGAUGGUCAGAGGACCCUGUAUAAGGAUGUAAUGCUGGAGAUCUAUAGCAACCUGGUGUCCUUGGGUGAGCAAAGGACACUGUGUUCCUAAACCUGAAGUGAUUGUUAAGCUGGAGCAAGGAGCAGAACCAUGGCUGGGAGAAGCCCUAGAU